CACAUGAGACAUCAGCUGUCUGAGGCUGUUAACAAAGGGCACAUCCCGUGUAUUCACGCGAGAUUUCCUGGAGAAUAUCGGGCGCGAAUUCGGUAAAAGGUCCGGUGGUCCGGCUCUGUGUACAGUUGUUGGUAACUAGUGACCAACAUGUCCAAAAGGAAAAGCAGCUCUGCCGGGGACAAGCCCCACAAACGGGCCAAACCUGUGGAGGAGGAGGAAGAUGCAAAUGAUCAUGAAAGUGACCAGGAAGAUCAUCUGCGGAGUGAACAGGUGCCCAGUGCUGGUGAGGUGGUGAGUGAUGCUGGGAUUGUGGAGAGCAUCACACUGAAGAACUUCAUGUGCCACUCUCUCCUUGGCCCAUUCACUUUUGGGUCCAAUGUCAACUUUGUUGUCGGCAACAAUGGAAGUGGAAAGAGUGCUGUUCUUACAGCUCUCAUAGUUGCCUUAGGUGGGAAUGCACAGGCUACAAACAGAGGCUCAUCUCUCAAGGGUUUUGUGAAGGAAGGAGAAAGCUCAGCUGAUGUGUCGAUCACCCUGCGGAACAAAGGAAGGGACGCUUACAAACCAGACGUGUAUGGUACAGCCAUCACAGUAGACCUGAGAAUCACACGCGAGGGGCUGAGAACCUACAAACUCAAAAGCAAAUCCGGUCAACUUGUGUCAAGCAAAAAAGAAGAACUCCUGUCCAUCUUGGACAAUUUUAAUAUACAGGUCAACAAUCCUGUGUCAGUCCUCACUCAAGAGAUGAGCAAAUACUUCCUACACUCCAAAGGAGAAGGGGACAAAUACAAGUUUUUUAUGAAAGCUACGCAACUGGACCAGAUGAGAGAGGACUUUGUUUACAUCAAAACCACCAAACAUCUCACAGAGGAUAAAGUUGAACAACAUAGUGAAAGCUUGAAAGACCUGAAGAGGAAGUACCUCGAGAAAGAGGACCGUUACAAGAGCUUGGCUUCACUUGAUGAAAUGCACACAAAACUGGAGGAGCUGCAGAAACAAAUGGCUUGGGCUUUGGUGGCUGAGGUGGAGAAAGAGUCAGAGCCAAUGAAGGAGAAGCUGCAGUCAGACAGACGUUCUACAGAGAAAUUUGAUGAGAAGGUGGAAGAGUGGAAGAAUAAGGUGGAGGAGGCUGAGAGGAAGCAAAAGCAGAGCCAGGAACAGGUGGACGGGGUCACGCAGCAACUCUCGGAGCUCCAGUCCAGAUGUUCUGUGCUAAAGGCCGAGGUCCAGAAGCGAAAUGCCACAUUUAAGUCCAGUGAGGUUACUGUCCACAGAUGCAAGGCUAACCUGAGGGACCUGGAAAAGGACAAAGUCCAGCUCUCCUCAAGGAUAAAUGAUCUCAAGCUGAGCAUCAGUCAGACGACCGGAGUAGAGAGCCAGGCCAGGAUGGAGCGUGUGGGACAGAUACAGGCUGAGCUGGAAACCCUAAGACACCACAUCUCCACUCUGGGCCAGCAGACUGACCAGUAUCAGCACGCCUGCAGCCGUGCCAAGGAGGAACAAGGGAAGAUGAGGAGAGAACAGGAAAUGCUCCAGAGGAGCAUUGACGCCAACAGAAGGAACCUACAAACUAUGGAGAGCAGUCGGUCCAAUCGCCUGCGGCGUUUUGGAGAGCAUGUGCCUGCACUCGUCAACGCCAUCGAGGAAGCUCACAAAAGGGGCCAGUUUAAGCACAAACCUCGAGGGCCCCUGGGUUUCCAUAUAAGCCUGAAAGACCCAGAGAUGGCCCUGGCUGUAGAGUCCUGUCUUAAAGGCCAGCUGCAAGCCUUUACCUGUGAUAACCAUGAGGAUGAGAGGGUGCUGCAGGGGCUCAUGACCCGAGUGUUGCCACGCGGCCGCAGACCCGCCAUCAUCACCAGCAGUUUUCUCACAAGUGUCCAUGACACAAGAAAGAGGGCUGUGAAUCACCCAGAGUACCCCUCCGUGCUUCAAGCUCUAGAAAUUGAGGACCCAGUGGUGGCCAACUGCCUCAUUGAUCAAAAGGGCAUAGAGAGCAUUCUACUCAUUAAGAAUCGUACAGAUGCUCGAAGAGUGAUGCAAGGCAGAAACCCUCCUCAGAACUGUUCCCAGGCCUUCUCCAAGGAGGGAGAUCAGAUCUUCACUAACCGCACUUACACCGCUGAGCAGACCAGAGCCAACUGCCUCUCAGGAGAUGUUGAGGAGGAGAUCAGACAUCUGCAGAGGGAGAUGGAGAACCAAGAAGCUCAGGCGAAUCGCUUCCGUCAACAGAUGAAAAAAUUGGAUGAAGGCAUCAAACAGAACGAAUUGCUGCUGAGAAGAACCCACAUGGAGCAAAAGACAUGCAAAGAUAAGGCCACAAAGCUGCAGCUGGAGCUGACAGACCUAAAUAAUGUGGAGGAGCCACAGUCAGAGGACCUCAGACCCCUGGAGGAAGAUCUGCAGGAGAUUGUUUCGAAGAUCUCAUCCAAGCGCGUUGAGUACGAAGAGGCACGAGCUCAGAUGGCGGAGCACAAGGCUGCCUAUGAUGCUGCCGAGAAGGAAUACAAACAGCACAAAGAGCUGAUCAACACCAUCGCAGAGGAGGCAGACUCAAAGAAGGAAGAUCUGAGCAAGACCGAUCAGGAGGUGAUGAGGUGCAAGCAUCACAAGAAACACUACGAAGAGAAACGCAGUGCCCAUCUCUGCAACAUACAGACCCUCGAAGCUAACCUGGAAAGAAAGGAGCAGGAACUUCAGACAUCUGUAGCCAAGGCAAAGAAAAUCUCUCCAGAGCGUCUGGAGGUUCGACGGACAGCCAGGAGUCUUGACAGUGAGAUCAACCGUCUCAAGGUUAAGAUCACGACCCAGCAGGAACAACAGGGUGACCGCGAGGAGGUUGUGAGGCAGUAUCACGAGGCUCUGGAGAGCUACAAGAACAUGGCACAGAAAAUGAAGAACCUCAACAGCUUCAUUAGGAGUCUGGACAACGUCAUGAACCACAGACUUCAGGUUUACGCUGAGCUCAGGAGGUUCCUCUCGGCCCGCUGUAAAUACUACUUCGACAGCAUGCUUGCUCAGAGAGGCUACACUGGAAGUAUGACCUUCGACCACAAGAACGAGACCCUCUCCAUCUCAGUGCAGCCGGGCCAAGGAAACAAGGCUGACUUGAGUGACAUGCGCUCCUUGUCCGGAGGCGAGCGCUCCUUCUCCACCGUUUGCUUUGUUCUCUCUCUUUGGGCCAUCACCGAGGCGCCUUUCCGCUGCCUUGAUGAGUUUGAUGUUUACAUGGACAUGGUGAACAGGAGGAUAUCAAUGGACAUGAUGCUGAAGGUGGCUGCUGGUCAGCGCUACAGACAGUUCAUCUUCCUCACCCCACAGAGCAUGAGCUCUCUUCCAGUGAGCAAACUCAUCCGCAUCCUGCGACUGAAAGAUCCAGACCGCGGUCAAAACAAUGCACAAAGAACGCAAGAGGAGGACGAGUAGUGUUUUGCUAGCUGGUAAUGUAGCAUCGGUUGAGGUAAUGAGACCACUAGAAAGCGCUAGGACCCUUCAGGACGUUGGGGUCGUAUGUUCAUUCCUGUUUUAAGGGGAAGAUUUUGAAAGAAGUGAUCCCACAUGCUCUCUUUAGCCUUUAAAUGGACUUCAGUUUUGAGAAGGAUUACUUGUCUGUGUUCAAAAGCAAUAGCAACUGUUUAUUGAAUGUGUUUUCCAUGUUUUGUACUGCAUCCAUGCACCGAUUAAAUGCUGUGAGAGUUUUUACUUAGAUGGGUCCUGUACAGGGAGGGGAAAUGUUUAUAUCCAUUGUCAAAAUAAGCAUUGGCUGUAAAACAGGCACAUUGUCAGAAUUAAUGAUGCCAUUGUAAGAAAUAUUUAAUGUUCAUUAAACCAAAUAAUUUAAGAGACAAA